UAGGCACAGUUUACAAGGGUCCAAAAAGACUGUAUCAAAGCUGCUUUAAGUUUCUCCCCCAGCACUCCAGAGUGUGCCUCUCCUGAUCUGACAAUCUGCAGCACUGCAACAGGAGGAGAACAGAUUUUUAAACGCCUGGCUGGCUGGAGAAAAUCCUGCAAGAUCCUUCUCUCUCUUUCUCUAUCUCUCUGAAUCUGCAAAUGUCCUUCAAACUGGUCAAAAUUGAGAUUAUCUGAAGAAGAAAAAAGGCUAAUCAAACUCCUGAUUUACUGGAUACUGUUUUAUUCCGCUUCUUCUCACUUAGGAAACCACACAAACUAUUCUGCAAGCUUUACCCGAUGGAUUUUCUUUACAUGUAUGGGAUUGUGUUUUGCUUUUUUACAUCUUUCUUCUGGCUGACUGUGGAUUCAUUUAUUUCUAAAGAACACCUCUCUGGAAAGCUAAGUGAAUACGGUGUGGUUGUCCCAUUCAGUACAGAUCAUCUAGGACGAUAUAUUUCCCACGUGGUGUCAGCAGCAGGAAGUAGAAUGACCUUAAAGCACCCUGGGCAGAGAUUUGCCCGAAGUAUUCCUGAUCCACCAAAAACUCAGUCAGAUGAUAGGUGCUUGUACUUCAAUGUCACGGUCUUUGGCAAGCAGCUACAUCUACGUUUGAAGCCCAAUAAAAAGCUGGUUUCUAAAGAGGCUACUAUUGAGUGGCAGGAGGAUUUUCAAGAGAUUUCUCAUGGCUCAAUCCGUGGGGAUUGUGUAUAUACAGGAGAUAUCACAGAUAUGCCUGGAGCCACUGUGGCCAUCAGCAACUGUGAUGGACUGGCUGGAAUGAUAAGAACUGACAGCAGUGAGUUCUUUAUUGAGCCUUUAGAAAGGGGAAAACAGGAAGAUGAAGAAAAUGGUCGUGCUCAUGUGGUCUACAGGAGAUCUGCUGUUCAACACAAUAAAACUGGAAAUCAAGGGGAGAUGCACAAUGAAGUUGUAAAGAGUGAAGUGGGCGAUCUCCCUUUUCCACUGGAAUCAAUGCAGGUCAGGUUGCUGGACAAUGAACGCAAGAAACGUCAUGCUAAGAAGGAUGACUAUAAUAUAGAGGUGCUCCUUGCAGUGGAUGACUCUGUUGUGCGCUUCCAUGGAAAAGAGCAUGUUCAGAACUACGUACUCACCCUUAUGAACAUAGUAGAUGAAAUUUACCAUGAUGAAUCACUGGGUGUCCAUAUCAACAUAGUGUUGGUCCGUAUAAUCAUGGUAGGAUACAGACAGUCUAUUAGUCUCAUAGAACGUGGAAAUCCAUCUAGGAGUCUGGAACAAGUGUGUCGUUGGGCCCAUUCCCAGCAGCGUUCAGAUCCAGAUCAUGCAGAGUACCACGACCAUGCUGUGUUUCUCACUAGGCAAGAUUUUGGUCCUGCAGGUAUGCAAGGUUAUGCUCCAGUUACGGGUAUGUGUCACCCACUGCGCAGCUGUACCCUGAACCAUGAGGAUGGGUUCUCUUCUGCCUUUGUGGUCGCCCAUGAAACCGGUCAUGUGUUAGGUAUGGAGCAUGACGGUCAGGGAAAUCGUUGUGCUGAUGAAACCAGUAUGGGAAGUAUCAUGGCUCCACUGGUACAAGCCGCAUUCCAUCGUUAUCACUGGUCAAGAUGCAGUAAGCAGGAACUUAAUAGAUACAUACAUUCCUACGAUUGUCUCCUGGAUGAUCCCUUUGAACAUAAAUGGCCAAAGCUCCCAGAAUUACCAGGAAUCAAUUACUCAAUGGAUGAACAAUGCAGAUUUGAUUUUGGAGUGGGUUACAAGAUGUGCACUGCUUUUAGAACGUUUGACCCUUGCAAGCAGCUGUGGUGCAGUCACCCAGAUAAUCCUUAUUUCUGCAAAACGAAGAAGGGCCCCCCUCUUGACGGAACUGAAUGUUCUCCUGGAAAGUGGUGCUUUAAAGGCCAUUGCAUCUGGAAGACGCCAGAGCAAUCUUAUACUCAGGAUGGAGGAUGGAGUUCAUGGUCAAGGUAUGGAUCCUGUUCUCGGACAUGUGGAGGAGGAGUACGUUCCCGUGGAAGGCAGUGCAACAACCCACCACCAGCGUAUGGAGGUCGUGACUGCCUGGGUCCUACCUAUGAAUAUCAGAUGUGCAACACUGAAGAAUGUCGAGGACCAUUUGAGGAUUUCCGUGCUCAGCAGUGCUCCCAGCGAAACUCAUACUACACACACCAAAACACCAAGCACACUUGGCUUCCUUAUGAACAUCAUGAUGAUGAACAGAAAUGUGAACUUAUAUGCCAGUCUAAAGAAAUGGGAGAUGUUGUUUUCAUGAAUCAGGUGGUCCACGAUGGUACCCGUUGUAGCUACAAAGAUCCUUAUAGUGUUUGUGCCAGAGGAGAUUGUGUGCACUUUGGAUGUGACAAGGAAAUUGGCUCUAUGAAAGAAGAUGAUAAGUGUGGUGUUUGCGGAGGGGAUAAUUCUCAUUGCCGAACUGUGAAGGGAACCUUAGUCAAAUCACCAAAGCAGUCUGCUGGUGUUUUAAAAAUGUUUGAGAUUCCAGCAGGAGCCAGACACAUACAAAUAGAAGAGACUGAAACGUCUUCUAACAGUCUCGCUAUUAAAAAUCAAGUGAGUGGAAACUUUAUUCUGAAUGCUAAAGGCAAAGAUAAUAAAUCGAAAACUUUUAUAGAAAUUGGUUUGGAGUGGGAAUUCACUGUUGAAGAUGGGAAGAAAACUGUGAAAACCAAUGGGCCAUUGCAUGAGCCCAUUGUGGCCCUGGUUGUGCCCCAGGAUGAGGAGGUAAAGAGCAGCCUAACAUAUAAAUAUAUUAUUCAUGAAGACCUUUUACCAAUGAUUGGUAACAACAAUGUUCUACUGGAGGAGAUGGAUUCUUAUGAAUGGGCACUAAAAAGUUGGUCCCAAUGUUCCAAAGCAUGUGGUGGAGGUAUCCAGUAUACAAAGUAUGGAUGUCGGAGAAAAAGUGACAGCAGGAUGGUUCAACGUACCCUAUGUGACAACAACAAGAAACCAAAGCCUAUUCGUAAACGGUGUAACUUGCACGAAUGCUCACAGCCAGGAUGGGUAGCAGACGAGUGGGGACUUUGCAGCAAAAUGUGUGGCAAGCUGGGUGUCCAAACAAGGCUAGUCCAAUGUAUCCAGCACCUGCAAAAUGGCACCAAUCGCACUGUCCAUACAAAAUACUGUACCGCUGAGCGUCCAGAACCAAGGAGGCCAUGCAACCGUAUACCAUGUCCUGCACAGUGGAGAACAGGAGCCUGGUCACAGUGCUCAUCAAGUUGCGGCGAGGGCAUCCAGCAGCGCCAAGUUGUGUGCAAAGCAAGUGAUAACGUUAUCAGUCAAUGUGAUGGCGAAAAGCCUGAAACAAUCCAAGUCUGCAAGAUGGCCCCCUGCCCAGGAAAAUCUCCAGGGCUUACUCAACAAGCAGAAACAAGUGAUUUAAGUACCCCCAAAACCCCAUGGGCCCCCUCACUAAACUCAAAAAAUCAUGUAAACAAAAUAUCAAAAGACUCAUGCCAAGGAGACAAGUCCAUAUUCUGUCAGAUGGAGGUUUUGGCACGGUACUGCUCUAUACCUGGAUACAACAAGCUGUGCUGUGAAUCCUGCAGUAAGAAGACAGCUCCUACCAGCUUGACUCCAAGUUCAGAACAUGCAGCUCUGGAGCUCCGAGCACCAGAGGGUGCUACCCUCCCUAGCCCAAUCCCACCGGUAACUCUUGUUCCUACAGUUGUUUUAACUGAAACCUCUGUAGGUAAUAGUCCAUUGGAUGCACCUUUGUCUGCUCUUGCAGCUGAACAAACUCAACAGGAUUCAGCAGCCAACAACGUUACCAAUGGGAAUGCAAUGGUGCAAGGAAAAAACAGCUCAGUGACCAAUAUUGAAAAACCAUAUCCUGCAGAAAACAGCGGUGGACUUACCGAGAACCUAGGUACACCAGCCAAUAAAACUUCUGUUAAUAAACAGAGCAAGACCAGUGCAUUGUCAUCUUCUGAAGUUCUAAGACAAAGAAGGGAAGAUACUGAAGAAGAGCACACAGUUGCUACAUGAGCCUCCAUGCACAUAACAAGGAGCAGCGAGGCAGCCUCACUGAGAACAAUUUUUUAAAAUAAAAAUAGUAAAGAAAAGGCUCUUUUGCAGGUAGCACUUUUCGGGCAUUGAGAAAUGACAUCAUUUUAAUGCUAUGAAAAAAUCUUUGGGCCGUUGUUCAUAAGGCCCUGUAUUUUUACCUCACAGUGCAGUGUGAAUGCACUUUAUGAUGUCAUAAGGGUGCUACCAACUGGAUUCAGAACACAAAAAAGAUUUCUAUCACCUCAGUUCUUCAGGCCAGUGGUCAUUUUUUUUCUUUUUGAGCUAUGAAGAACAUGAAACCUGGUGCUUCUCUAGUUUAGAAUAAGUUUAGAGCCGCCUGCAUUUUACAUGUAAAGUGGUGCUGCAUUUGUAGCCAAGCAUUUUCUGUACCUCAGUGAAGUAGGGUCAAUUGCAGUGAAAUGCGGUGAAAUUUUUGAUUUCCAAAGCUCCAAUUUAUCAUGUUUUUAAAGUCAGUAAAUGCUUACAUUUACCUGAUUUAAUAGCGGCCUUAUACUACCACAUUAACUUAUUUAAUCUAUUGCUGCUACUAGAUUAUUAUUGGAAUAAGAAAAAAUUAAGGUUACCAUUGAUACACAUCCAAUAGUCUGAUGAUGGGAUUCUUAAUAUAUUCAAGCACACAUUGCCUUUUCCUGUUGAUAUUGGAUUGCUAUGGAAAUAUAAGUAUAACCUUUCAUCAGUGAAUUUUCAGGUAUUUUCUUUAAUAGUUGGGGCAAGAUACUCACAAUAAAACUGGAGUCCGUGAAAUUCUCCUGUUUUGUCCAAAGCCCUCCACAACCCAAUAUUCACUUUUUUACACUUGAUCAAGUUUGAUAGCAAUACUAGUCAAUGGCAAGCUUGAGCUGACUUGAAUAUUGGUCAAGAGGUACACGUCAAUGAAGCAAUGUAAUGUGAAGUGGUAUUGCUUUCCAAGUGGUAUUGGUUAAAUAAAAGUCUAGGUCAUUCAUGAACAGCUGAUAUAUCCCAGAUAUAAAGAACGUAUAAGAGCUUGCCUUACACCCAUACAAACAUGGAGUGGUCCAUAAUGUAAGAUAGUAUAUGUAGCAAUAUAAUAAGAUGGUAAGCAGUAACAUUGUCCAUGAAGUACAUGUGUGACUGCUCCAUGGUGAAGGUCUAGUCUUAUUUGUCCAACAUUGUAAUUAUCCAGAUGAGUGUAUGAUAUAAGCACCUACUGAUCUUAGACUAUAUCCUCAGAAUACAAAUCACCUAUCAACACUGAAGGUUUGUUGAGUUCACUUUAAAAUCUGAGACCUUAUCCUUUCCCUUGAUACUCAUUUAGAUUUCAGUCUCAUUUUUUGCCAGCCAUGGGUAAAGGAGUGAACCCAGUUGGAAUGCAUUAGCAACCCCACCCUUCUUCCCUACUGGCUGGGAUACAGACUAUUAUGAAAGUGUCACUGAAUAGAGGUUCUCAUGUUAAAAGAGGUAUAACUUGACAUUCUUGUGCCCCAGUGCAAAAUCUGAUACCAAGUCACCACACCAUGCCAUUUAUUAAACUAAUGCGUUCUUUCAUACCAGAGACGACACUGGGCCCGCUUAGACACCAGGACCUGACAAUGACUGUAUCCUAUAGGUAUAUCCUGCCAGGUCACAAGAGAGGAUUUUGCAUCCCUCAUUCCAAAGUCAUUGUUUAUAGCACCAGUCAAGAGUGAAAACUUAGUUUGUUUAGGCUCUUUCAAGUUUACCCCAUAUUUUAGCAAAUCUAGUUGUAUGUAUUUUUUUCUUAGAACUUCUUAGGACCGUCUCUCAUUUUUCCCCCCGGAGUUAUUAGGAGGUAAUUUGACUGGAGAAAUUUACUUAGUGUUGUAUUAUUCAGAACCACCCUUCCAACUAGCUACAUGAAAGAAAACUAAGGUUUCCAGAGUGGUUGUCAAGGAUUGCCUCUCAGCUAGAUCAAUCUUCCUGUCAUCCAAUAGCUCCAUGAUAACUAUAUUGCAAGUGUGUCACUUAAUAUGUAUUCCUUUUCAUAAGGUGUACUUUUACAGAUAUAGUAUAGAGGGGGCCCAUAGCAAACACUAGGACUUUCCAAGGAGGUUCAAAAUGUCUUCACCUUCCCCUUGUUUAUUAAUAUUGCAGUGCCUUUGUAGAUCCCAGUGGACGUUCACAAGAAAAAAAGUUAAAGGAGUAUCCUCCUCAAUUGACUCACAGCAGCCACAUAAGACUCUUUUUAUGAUAUACACAACCUCACCAUCUUCACUAUAGUGCUUUUUAAAUUGUGGUUUUUCUCAUUAUAAUAUGACUGAAUUAUAAUAUAGAAAGGUGCUUCAAAGCCCUUAGAACAGCUAGUAAAAUAGUCUGUUGCCUGCUCAGGAUGUACCAUUUUAUUGGGUGCCAUUACUUGCUGGGCAACCUGGGCAUCUCAACUGAGAGAUACUUUGUAUGAUCUGAAAUGUGCAUCUGUAGGGUUUUAAAAUUUAGGCAAGAACUGCAAAUACAAUAAGUAGCUUCAAAUGAGGCAUCAAUGAGGUGCUAUUGGUUAUCAGACAAAAAGUGUACUGUAUGUUUAUGUUACACAGGAUCUUACUUAUUACCUUUGGUAUAGAGAACUUAGAAGAGGGGUGCUAUCUAAUGGUGUUCAAAGCUGAGAUUUCAGACAGAAAUUGAAGAUACGUUUGGUAUACGAGUAGAAUAUUUUAUAAUAAAUAUACCCAAGACAGUUUUUUGCCUUUUUAUUCCUUUUUGCAACUGUUGAGUUUAUUUUUGCAUGUAUUACUUUAAUAUCUAUUUUAGAGUGCUUUGAGCGCUUUUUCUCCAUUUCUUUCUUGUGAGGAACUAGUGAUUUGCUGAAAAAUAUAUGCACUUCUUAACUAGCAAUGAUCCCUUUCCACAGAAUCUAGAAAAGCCUCUACCGGUGGAAUGCUUUCUUUUUGACCUUUUUUAGUUACAGAGAUUACUAUGUUUUCUUGCUGAUCCAGAUGUAUAAUAUUUAUAAGAUUUCUGUUGGGGCAAAUUACAUUACUAUAAAACAUUUUAUGAUCAUGAAACUGUAAAACAUUUCCUAGUCAGAUAUGUAGCUGUUGAAAAAAAUAAAAAAAUAAAAGCUUUGGGCCUUUGGUAUAAAAAACAUAAUGCCAAGAGAAAUAGUUGUAGUUGUCCAUAGCAACCAGUCAGCUUGCUCCUUUACUGUAUUCUAGAUCUGAUCUGAUUAGCGGCUACUGGCUAAUGUGCUAUUUUAGCUUUACAGUUUAAAAGCCUUUAAAGAAAAACUCCUAGCAAAACUGAUCCAUUGUGGUAUAUCUAGUGCAAGACCUGAGGUCCACAACUUCUGUCUUUGGUGUUAUUUUAAGUAUUGUUAUUGCAAGGUACUGGUUCUCCUUGCUAACUGCCGGGAGUCCUAUAGGCAAUGCUUCCUGGGAAAUGUAUGCAAAUUAUCUCUUCUCCAGAAGGAAUAAAACUGUCUCUAGUGCCAUCUAAAAAGGUACCUACCCUGUCAGCUAAUUUCAACCCAUAAGAGAGCCUUAAACAUGACUAGUGAUAUCAGCCAAACCAGAAACACUUAUCUGUAGGCAGCUGUGAAUAUUUUCUCUUAUCAGCACAUAGUACUUUUAGUCCCUUCAUCAGCUCUAUCUCUGUAAGAAAAAAUGGUACCUUCAAGAGCUGCAUCUAAGGGAAACCACCCAGCAAAUAGAACCCUACUCUACAGUGAUGAGGAGCAAAAACUCUAAAACAAUGCUCCUACAGAUGGGUGUCUAUGGUUUGGCUGGUCUAGCUAGUUAUGUGUAAAGGCUCUGUAAUGGGUUGCAUAUUUACUUAUAGAAUAUUUAUCUACCAGGGUCCCUACAGAGAAAGUUUCCCUUCUUCUGGAGGAGAACCAAUGUGCUUUCAAUCUUUGUAUAAAUCUCCAUCCCACGGGACCUGUAAUAAUAUUUCUAAUACACUGGAGGAAUUCAUCAAGUCCUGUACACCACUUUCCUGCUGUAAAAAAAAAGUCACCAAUUUUGAGUAACUAACAGCUACCCUCUAAAAUAUAACCAAAUGAGUACUCUAAAUUUUGCAUAAGAUAUACCUCAGAAUGUUUGGGUAAAUGGACGAUUGAACCGGUAUACUGUUAUUUUCCCUAUUAUAGUCGGUGUGGAAAAAUGACACUAUGGCCAUUUCAAAAACAUUCUCAUCUGGACUCUGCAGCAGAAAUAGCACAUAAAACACCAUUCUUCAGGCCUCAUGCCUAUGACCAUAUCGAUAUUCAUAACUCCUAUGCCCAUAGGAGCUAGGAGCCCAGCCCACAUUUAUUUCUGUGCACCUCCCUUUUUUCAGAGGAACAGAGUUGAACAGAGUCCAUACAAAUCUAUGAGAUUGUAACAAGCUGCACUACAUGCCGCAUUAUGGAGGUAUUCUUCCCAACAAGAAGAUAUGGUACCUUGAAAUAAUAUCAUGCCACAAAAUCUGUCAAAAAAAGCAUUAAUAAAAGUAUCCCCGUGCUCAGAUUUCAGCACCAUACAUUUACAUGUAUAUUCAUCCAUUGGGACAAUAAACAUGUAUUCAUUAUCUACUGCUAACAUUUUAGUAAUGCUAAGGCCUCUUUCAAAGAGUCAGUGCUUGGUCAGUGUUUAAUAAUUGAUUUCCAUCAGUGAUUGAGCCAAAACCAUAAGUGUUUAUACACAAAUAUGGUAUAAUCGAAAGAUUUGCAUUUGUUCUGCAUUUUUGACCAGCGCCUACUUCUUUUUUUAAAUUAAUUCACCUUAAUCCACUUGAUCACACAGCCCGGCUUCUCUUCUGCCUUCAUCUGUGAGGAAAAGGACCU